GCCAUUGUUGACGCCUCAGAUAGCCCUCCCCUUGGCAGGCAUCGCCACGUAUUCUAUUCAUCGACAGUAACGCCGUCCUCACCGCAAGCUGAGGUUAGCACGCCCCUGUCGGCGUCAUUGCGAGAUGCCUUCAAGAGCAUCCGACGGAAAGCAAGCUUGCAAUCGAUGAAAUCUCCCAGACGCGAGAACUUCGCCUUCGACAUCCCCGCGCUGAUGCGACCUGGCGAGGAGAUGCCACCGUCUUUUUCUCUUUCCAAGCUGAUGGAAGGGGGCAUUCGUGGUCGCGCCUCGGUAGAGGUUGUCGAUGUGGCCUACCGCGUCAUCGCACUGUGGGAGUCGCAUGACGGUUCUGAAAAUCGGGUAAUGCUCGAGGCACCGUUCCUCUUUCGUCCGGAUACGGAGUUUCACUCUCUCGAUGGCGGUUCGUUGGAUCCUGAAUCUUGGCUGGAGGUUCCGCUUGUAUCAGACCGACAGAUACCAUUCCAGUGCGCAGUUACCAUGCCGAAUCCUGCCACCUUUCCUCGUUCGGCGUCCCUCCCUUAUUUUGUCGUGUACACAACGACACCGAAGUCGGUGCCGUUAUCUCGCGAGAUUGCAGCAGAUGCCACCAUCGCGGUCUCGCUUGUACGGCAAAUCAUGAUCAAGCAGGAACAUCCUCUCCGGUCGCGGUCAUCCUCAGCCGACGAAGACUCGGAUGUACAACUCGUGACUGUUCCUCGCAACAAACUCUACAAGCGGGCAGCUAGUAAAACGGCGCCUGCUAGAUUCCCUACGUUCGGCCGGGUCAACGAGAAGAACACGUUACAAGGUCUCUGCGACCGUCCGCUCCCUCCUCUCCCCGGCGAACAGCGAAAGACCCGAGGAGCCUUCUCCGAGUCGCGCACACUGCAAACGGAUAUUUUCGUCGGCUUCCCAAAACGGCCCCGAAAUCCCGGGGAUCCUCGUGGACACCCGUCUUUGGAGGAACAUAUAAGCCUGCCGGACGGCCUCUAUAAAGGUCGAUUGCCCUUGCAUAGGGACAUGAUUCCGACGAUCAGUUGGGGUGGGCUUCAGGUCAAGUAUUACCUGGAUAUCUCUGUCUUGUUCGGUCAGGACGAGUUGCGGGCCCGCGUACCCAUCCGUCUUUUCUGA